AUGCUGUGCCUUCUGUUUCUGCUCAUAGGCUUCCUCGGGCUUCAGGCAGACGACAGUUCUGAAAGACUUCGUGUGCAAAUUACAGUUCCGGAGAAAAUACGGUCAAUAUCAAGUGAAGGAGUUGAAUCACAUGUAUCCUACAACAUUAUAAUUGAAGGAAAAACAUACACUGUGAACCUAGUGCAAAAAUCAUUUUUACCUCAUAAUUUUAGAGUUUAUGGUUAUAAUGGCACAGGAAGUAUGAAACCUCUUGAACAACAGUUUCAGAACUUUUGCUACUACCAAGGGUCCAUUGAAGGUUAUCCAAAUUCAAUGGUGAUCGUUAGCACAUGUACUGGACUCAGGGGCUUACUACAGUUUGAAAAUGUAAGCUAUGGAAUUGAGCCCUUGGAGCCUUCAGUUGGUUUUGAACAUGUGAUUUAUCAAGUUAAACAUAGGAGUGCAGGUUCUUCUUUAUAUGCUGAGAAAGACACCGAGUCAAGAGAAAUGCACUAUAAAAUACAAAGUAUAGAGCCACUUACAGGCUUCAUCCGGUAUAUAGAAAUACAUAUUGUAGUCGAAAAAAAUUUGUAUAAUCAUAUGGGUUCUGAUACAGCUGUUGUCACUCAAAAAAUCUUCCAGUUGAUUGGAUUGACCAAUGCUAUUUUUACUUCAUUUAAUAUCACAAUAAUCCUAUCUUCAUUAGAACUUUGGACAGAUGAAAAUAAAAUUACAGUAACUGGAGAUGCUAAUGAAUUAUUACACAGAUUUAAAUGGAAACGAUCUUAUCUUGUUUUGCGUCCACAUGAUGUGGCAUAUUUACUUGUUUACAGAGAAAAACCAAAUUUUGUUGGUGCAACCUUUCAAGGAAAGAUAUGUGAUAAGCAAUAUGGAGGAGGUAUUGUUCUGCAUCCCAGAACCAUAACUCUGGAAUCACUUGCAGUUACUAUGGCUCAGUUACUAAGCCUUAGUAUGGGAAUAGCUUAUGAUGACAUUAACAAAUGCCAUUGCCCAGGAAAUGUCUGCAUAAUGAAUCCAGAAGCAAUUCAUUCCAGUGGUGUGAAGUUCUUUAGUAACUGCAGCAUGGAAGAUUUUGCACAUUUCACUGCCAAGUCCAAGUCCCAGUGUCUGCAAAACCAGCCACGUGUAGAUCCAUCAUACAAAAGUGCAAUUUGUGGUAAUGGAGAAGUCGAAGAAGGAGAGGAAUGUGACUGUGGGACCCCGGAGAAUUGUGCUGCUCAACCAAACGCAUGCUGUAACCAGGCCACCUGUACACUCUCAGCUGGCUCUGCCUGUGCCACUGGGCCGUGCUGUGAUUCCUGUUCUUUUAUGGCAAAAGGACACACAUGUAGGCUUACCUUGGAUGAAUGCGAUCUCCUUGAAUAUUGCAAUGGUUCUUCUGCAGCAUGUCAAGAAGACCUUUAUGUCCAGGAUGGGCAUCCAUGUUCAGAUAAUCAAUGGCUCUGUGUGCAAGGAAAAUGCAUAAGUGGGAUGAGACAAUGUUCUGAAACAUUUGGCGACGGUGCAGAUUAUGGUACUGAAGACUGUUUUACACAUCUUAAUUCUAAGACCGAUGAGUCCGGGGCCUGUGGUUUAACUGCUUCAGGAUACACACAGUGUCAUCCUAAUGAUCUGCGAUGUGGAAAAAUAAUAUGUACAUAUGAAAGAACAACUAUACUUACUAUUCCGAAUGCCACUAUUACUUAUAGCAACAUAAAUGGAAAAAUCUGUGUUACAGUGGAUUAUCCAUAUAAUGAUAGAAACAGUGAAAAGAUGUGGGUAAAAGAUGGAACUGUUUGUGGUGAAAAUAAGGUGUGCAGGAGUAAGAGAUGUAUAGAUUCUUCAUAUUUAAAUUAUGACUGUACUGCGGAAAAAUGCCACAAUCAAGGUGUAUGUAAUAAUAAACGGAACUGUCACUGUAACCCUACAUAUUUACCUCCAAAUUGUGAAGUUUCGGUAGAGUCAUGGCCUGGUGGGAGUGUUGACAGUGGCAACUUUCCACCAGCAGCAGGUCCCUUACCUGGCGUACCUGAUAGGCGCUAUAUUGAGAAUAUUUACCAUUCCAGACCCAUGAAAUGGCCAUUUUUCUUACUCAUUCCUUUUUUCAUUAUUCUCUGUGUACUGAUUGCUACACUGGUAAAAAUUUAUUUCCAAAGGAAAAAAGGGAGAACCGAGGAUGAUACAAGCGAUGAGCAACUGGAAAGUGAGAGUGAGACCAAAGAAUAA